CGAAGUGGCAACGCUGGUUGCAAGACCGACAAUUGUUUGGUUUUUAUUUUGUCAACAAAUUGGGUAAAAUGAGCGGCUCCAAAUCGAAAAAACACAGCAAGGGUGACCAAAUCCCCAAGCCCAUUAGCAUAAAAAAGGAAAAGAUGGAGGAGGACCGCACGCUCCACCCUAUUUCCCAUUACAUAGACGACCGUCUGGAGUUGGUAAAACAGAUAUUUGGGACCCUAAAACCGAAAACGAUUAUGAAUCUAGCACCGGAGUUCUUAAAGAAAACCCCACUGGAUGAGAUCGAGGAACUCUGUUUGGAGGAGCUGCUUUGCCUGUCCACCAAACGCCUGAAAUCAAUUAUAGAAGGCACCCGGUGUCCCACGGACACGGAAAGCUCCGAAGACUCCGAUGUAGAGCGCAAAGAGGAACACAUUUCUCUAGAGGAGAUUUCCUCAGACAGUGACAUCGGCGGUCAGGAAUCCCGAAAGAGCAAAAAGAAGCUUAGAGCCAAAAAGGGUAUCAAUGGGACCGAAAACAAGGAGUCUGGCGGUCAGAUGAGCGUGCUGGAAUUACUGGAGCUUCAGGCCCGCGCCCGUGCAAUCCGUUCCCAACUUGCCAUGGAGCCAAUCACCAAGAUAGAGGUGAAGUCGGAUGAUGAAGACGAGAUUCCAGCGGGAAAGGAUCAGCGAAAGGAGAAGCGGAGUACCAAGAAGGAUUCGGCAAAGCGCAAGUCGCUGGAAAAUAAAACUCCCAAAGUAGCCGCAUCUCUUUCACAGGCAGAUGCGGAUAGCAGCAGCAAGGAACAGCAAGCACCGCGCAAGAAAAUAAAAAUCAAGCGAAACUAUCGGCAUACCUCGAAAACGCCUGAAAAGGAAGCUGCAGGUCCAACUCCUCCCGCUCCUGCUGUUCCCGAAACUUCAGUGGCAAACAAGGAUUCCAGCAAACCCUCACGUUCCAAAUCACGUUCUGCUUCGCCAGAUGUUAUUACCAUUCAAACGGAGCCGGAAACACUGCUGAUCAGCGACAGCACAGAUGAUGAGGGCACAAAACAAAAGUCAAGUGGUUCUAGUGAGCCAGUCAAAGUAGAUCCACCAGCUCCAGUCGUAGAAAGCGAACCGGAGGAAGGAGAGGUGCGUGAUGAGCCCGACGUGCCAGCCAAUGCCGAAAAGCCAGCAGAGCCAGAAGAUCCGGCCAAGGAUAACGAACCAACCAAACCGGAAGAAACUGAAUGCACCGAAGAACAAACUAAACCUGAAGACCAGGAAAAGUCUGAAGGCAGUGAAAAACCUUCGGAUAAAGAUCAGUCUGCUGAGAAAGUUCCCUCACCAAUUCAUAACCCUCCUGCAGAAGAAAGGGAAGCGACUGUAUCCGAACCAGCAAACAUCGAUGACGAAGAUCAAAACGACGAUGUCAUUUCAAUAGGCGGUGAUCUGGAAAUGAUUGAGGAAAUGACCAAGGAGGACGAGCCACCUUCGGUGAGCAUUAAAAACGAAAAAAAGGACAAGCAGCCCGAGCCCGAGGAAAUGGACAACGAUGUGAUCUCUUUGGACACCAGCGAAGAUGAGCGCGACAAGCUACAGCAGCCAGACUCAGAGUCCUGGCGCUCACGCUACAUGAAGAGUUCCAAAGUCAGCCAGGUGCUGGCAGAAUCCCGACUGGGAAAACGCGUACGCGAUAAACUUAGGAAAUCAAAGCGCAGCAAAGUGGCCGCCAGCGAGGAACAGGCCAAGGUUGAAAAGCCAGCUUCGUUUACUUCCAAGCACGAGGAUGGGUCCAUUGAGCAAUACCAGGAGCUGUUGCAGCACCGCCCACGCAAGAGUUCCAGCAGCAGCAAGGGCGAUAAAUAAAGCCACCCGCCGCGGAGGAUUGGGGUUUUUAUUGAAAAGUAUCGUACUGACGCACAGUCCUGUUUUAUAUGGCAUAUAAAAACUCAAAUAAAAAUCCGUUGUCCUCGGGGGCGGCAGGAAACGUAAAAAAUUUGAAUAUAUCGUGCUAAGCGCAUAUUUGAUUUCUCAUUCGUCUUUACUUGUAAUGCAUACCCUAACCCAAAACAAUAACUCCGGCUUGUGUAAGGUUUUAUGUGACAUUUUAAGUUUUUGAGCAAUAGGAAACCUUUUAAAUUAAGGAAUUAUAAUUGUUUAAUUUCUGUAAAUUUACCUGCAUACUUAGUGUUAAAAAACUUAGCCGUUUUUAAUACUUUUUGAGAAAAUUUGUACAUAGUUUUAAGUUUUUCUAUUCUGUUUCUUAGACUUGUUU